UACACAUCGCUAGAGGGCGACCGCGAGGCUCUUCGGAUAGUUUUCCCGGCAUGCACCUGCUGCUUUUGCCAGCCGUCUCGCCGCAGCAGGAAACAUGACGGUCAUCAGCAAGUACUUGACAGCAAAGAACUCCACGAUAGCUGGGGGUGUCCUGCUCGUUCUGUAUCUCCUUAAGCAAAGACGGAGGUCCUCCAGACUAAACAGCAAGAAAGGUUCAUCAGAAGUGAUCCUGAACAAUGAAAAAGAUCUUAAAAAGGAUCGGGCAGUGGUGGACUGGCAGUUUUUUUCCCGAAUCAUGCGAAUACUCGGCAUCAUGGUACCGAGACUCUUCUGUAAAGAGACUUGGUACUUGAUCGUGAUUGCAGUGAUGCUGGUGGCUCGGACUUACUGUGAUGUUUGGAUGAUUCAGAAUGGCACUAUGAUUGAAAGUGCAAUUAUUGGUCGCUCCACAAAAGAUUUCAAGAGGUAUUUGUUCAACUUUAUGAGGGUCAUGCCAGUUAUUGCCCUGGUGAACAACCUUCUAAAGUUAGGACUGAAUGAACUGAAGCUUCGUUUCCGUGAUAGACUCACUAAACAUCUCUAUGAUGAGUACCUGAAAGGUUACACAUAUUACAAGAUGGGAAACCUGGAUAAUCGGAUCGCCAAUGCCGAUCAGCUGCUGACUCAGGAUGUGGAAAAGUUUUGCAACAGCGUGGUUGACCUGUACUCCAAUCUCAGCAAACCUCUUCUUGACAUAGGCCUCUACAUCUUAAAGCUGACAAACGCUAUUGGAGCUCAGGGUCCUGCUUCUAUGAUGGCUUAUCUGCUGAUCUCUGGUCUUUUCCUGACGAGGUUGAGGAGACCCAUCGGAAAGAUGACCGUCGUCGAGCAGAAGUACGAGGGCGAGUACCGAUAUGUCAACUCCCGGCUCAUCACCAACAGUGAGGAGAUCGCAUUUUACAAUGGAAAUCUCAGAGAGAAACAGACGAUUUAUUCUACCUUCAAGAAGCUGGUUGACCACUUACACAAUUUCAUAUUUUUCCGCUUCUCCAUGGGGAUGAUAGACAGCAUCAUUGCAAAGUACUUGGCUACGGUAGUUGGAUAUCUGGUGGUUAGCCGACCAUUUCUAAACCAGCGGCAUCCGCGGCAUCUUCACAGCACACAUGCGGAACUGCUAGAGGAUUACUAUCAAAGUGGACGCAUGUUGCUGCGCAUGUCACAAGCUUUAGGAAGGAUCGUGCUUGCAGGUCGGGAAAUGACAAGACUUGCAGGGUUCACCACCCGUAUCACAGAGCUGAUGAAGGUUCUGAAAGAGCUGAACAUGGGGAAGUAUGAGCGCACCAUGGUGUCUCAGUCAGAGAAAGAAAUAGACACUUUAGAAAAACUGACCCUGGUGCCUGGCAGUGGACGAAUCAUAUUUAUGGACAACGUCAUCAAGUUUGAACGCACGCCCCUAGCAACACCUAAUGGAGAUGUCUUAAUAAAGGACCUCAGUUUUGAGGUGAAAUCCGGCACAAACGUUUUGGUGUGUGGGCCCAAUGGAUGUGGAAAGAGCUCACUCUUCAGAGUGCUCGGAGAAUUGUGGCCUCUGUUUGGUGGAAGCUUGACCAAACCUGAGAGAGGAAAGCUCUUCUAUGUCCCUCAGAGGCCUUAUAUGACACUUGGAUCACUGAGGGAUCAGGUGAUCUACCCUGACACCUUUGAAGACCAGAAGAAAAAGGGGAUUUCAGAUCAGGUGUUGAAACAAUACCUAGAUAAUGUGCAGCUGGGGCACAUUCUUGACAGAGAGGGUACCUGGGAUACUGUUCAGGACUGGAUGGAUGUUCUCAGUGGUGGAGAGAAGCAGAGGAUGGCGAUGGCUCGGUUGUUCUAUCACAAGCCCCAGUUUGCCAUCCUGGACGAGUGUACCAGUGCAGUAAGUGUUGAUGUGGAGGACUACAUCUAUAGCCAUUGCAGAAAGGUGGGCAUCACUCUGUUCACUGUCUCUCAUAGAAAGUCUCUCUGGAAGCAUCAUGAGUACUACCUCCACAUGGACGGAAGAGGGAACUACGAGUUUAAACCCAUCACUUCAGAUACAGUGGAGUUUGGCUCUUAGAAGCGUUGACAGCUGCACACACAGCUGGGAUGUUUAGGAAUACUGUAUCUCAAUCCAGGAUUUUUUUAUUUUAAUCACUUGUAACAUUUCUCUCUCUUUUUUUUUUUUGACACUACAGUUCUGUCUUCCAUGAUUGUAUAAUUUGUAAUUUAAAGUGUGGUUCGAUUUACCGGACAGCCACUAAUGAGAAUAGUGAAUGGGCUAAUCCUAAUGAAAUGAGUACACAACCGUGACCUAAAUCAUGUUUUAGAUUAAAUCAUGUAAUAGGAGUUAGCCUGUAUGGUUCUCUAUAUGAAGUCAGUGCCAGUGAAUUGAUUGCUGGUGUUUGAUCGGAAUUUCUGUAGUACUAGUUUACUAAUAAAGUUUUUUGACACCAGGAAAAUAUAAUUGUUAUAAAAUGUCCAUAUACUAAGUGGCCUUAGUACUUACUGUGUUGAUGUGCGAGGAGUCUGUUUUGUGGCCCGUAUAAGGUGGUUUAAUGGACCUGUUCUCUGUGCGUGUUACCAUCCAUGGUGAUCGCUGAGAAGAUUGCACUGAUUAACUGAUUUGGAGCCAAAAUGCCUUGUACUACUUACUGUCUGUAAUUACCUAAUAAUUGUCUAAAUGCACCUUUAAGGCAAAACAAAAUAUUUCUCCAUGCUGUUGUUUAAUGACUAAAAUAUCUCUGUAGACAUCUUGGAUUUUGUUUGCAGAAGAUGUUAAAAAUCUAGUAAACUAGAACCACAAGAAGUCCAUAGAACUAAAUUGUACUCACUGGUGCAAUUUAAUAAAAAAAAAAAAAAUUCUG